UACUUGGUCUGCAGGCAAAGUAUAGCCCCACCAUCUUCGUAACGACGACUUCGAUUCCCUUCGCAACGCCGCCGUCAUCUUUAAAUCUAAUUCUAUUCAUCCACACCCGUGUCGUUGGUGGCAUUCGUUAUCGCCGCCGCCCACCGACCUCAUCCGCAACGAAGCGCAUCGUCGAGCAAUUUGUGCAGUCUGGUGUGCAGCGGUCAAGAUGGCAAACGUCGGCCAAGAGCCGGAUGAGCUGGAUCGCCCAGCUGAAGAAGGUAAGUGAGAUGUCUGUUGGGAGGAAAAACUGCCCCUCCUUUGCAACCCCCCCACGCACCCUCAACCUUGAUCCGAUUCAGCAGCCUGCGCCGCAAGUCGGGGUUGAGGCGAUCACAAGCGCCUCGGCUGACAGUGUCUGGAAUUGUGCAGACCGUUCAGGAUCCGUGCCGGAUUCUGUGCCGGACCAGAGUGCACAACCGCCGCCUGCGGUUCGUUUCAAGUCGACCGUUGAAGAGAUUGUCACAAGAGAUGCGGAAUCAGGCAGCCCCGCGGGGGCAGCAACAGCAACACCUUUUUCUCUGGGUGAGCCAGGCGACAACGUGACGCCCGAGCAGAUCCGCCAUCUUUCUGAUCGACUCAAAGCUUGCCCGCUGCAAGAGCGGAGGAUGAACAUCUUCUCCUACGAGCCGUUUUCGCUUCCUGCCUCUAGAACUGCCUCCCAUGAGGAUGAUUCUCGAGAGCCGAGCCGCGAGCCAACCCGGAGCUCGGCCGGCCGCCAAUCGCCGCUCCUAAACACCAGUGUGAGAGCUUCGGAAAUGCAUACUCCCCCGCUCACCCCAGCGGGGACCGCCUCUGGCGAAGGCCUUCACCGUGAAGCUGCCAAUAGCCGGGAUCCAGAUCAACUCGGUCGCGCUCCCGACAUUAUCACACCCCUCGACUCCGCCCAAGAUGUACCCUCUCCUUCGUCUCCUCGACCGUCUGUACAGCGGGGAGCGUCGGCGGACCAGGCUUCGCCGAGACCGGUUACCUCGGACGAGAAAGAACACUCCCACGGAUCGCUAGGCGAUCAUCGCAGGGGCCUUUUCUCUCUCAGCACUGCCAACAACUCCCCAACCGGCUCGGUGCCGGUUUCCCGCGAGACCAGUCCGUCAAGAGCUGCGGCUGCCUCGCAAUUCUAUACUCGCCAUGCGCCGCCGCCCGGAGAAGUGAACGAUCCGUACGCUGCAAAUAAGCGCCAAGCCCAGAAGGGGAUUGAUCCUCGGUUUGUCUUCUCAAGGAAGAAGAAGGGGAGCUCUCCAAGUUCCUCGACGAUCAGUCUGCCAAGGGCUUCGACAGAUAAACGCCUUGGAAGGCACAAGGACGAGCAUCUGGAAGAGAGCUUUGCCCAGAGUAAGAACAGCUCAAUGGCAGACUUGAAACGCUUCUUUAAGCUAGGCUCUAGUAACAAAGCGAAGCGGACGGCGUCCCCGGUAGCGUCGAUCCGAUCAAAUGCCAAGACACCGCCCGGUUCGAGGUCAUCUCAAAUUCCCUUCGGAGAUGACCACGGACUUACGUCCAAGUACGGAAAGCUCGGAAAGGUCCUGGGAGCCGGCGCCGGCGGAUCCGUGAGACUUAUGAAGCGCGCCGAGGAUAGCGUUGUUUUUGCUGUCAAGGAGUUCCGUCCUCGCCAUUCUUACGAGACGGAACGCGAGUACGUCAAGAAACUCACGGCAGAGUACUGCAUGGGCUCUUCGCUGCACCAUGGCAACAUUAUCGAGACGCUUGACAUUGUUCAGGAGAAGGGUAAAUGGUACGAAGUGAUGGAGUAUGCGCCUUACGACCUCUUCGCCAUAGUGAUGACUGGCAAGAUGUCUCGCGAGGAGGUGAGCUGCUGCUUUUUGCAAAUCCUAAGCGGCGUCACAUAUCUACACAGCAUGGGCCUUGCGCAUCGGGAUCUGAAGCUCGACAAUGUCGUGGUUAGCGACCGUGGCAUUAUGAAGAUAAUCGACUUCGGGAGCGCCCAUGUUUACAGAUAUCCAUUUGAAAAUGGCAUAGUUCCUGCUGGAGGCAUUGUGGGCUCGGACCCGUAUCUCGCGCCAGAGGUCUACGACGAGAAGAAAUACGACCCGCAAGCGGUAGACAUCUGGUCAUUAGCUAUUAUCUACUGUUGCAUGACAUUGAGGCGGUUCCCGUGGAAGGUGCCUCGCCUAACCGACAACUCGUUCAGGUUAUUUGCUGCAGAUCCGUCACCGGGUCACGAUCCGAAGAAGCUCAUCCUUCCCCACGCCAGUUCUACUUCAGCCCUGAGCUCCACCCCCGCCAGAGACUAUGAUUAUCCAAGUUUCGUCGGUCAAGAAGGCAAAUCGGGCCAUGAAGCCGACAAGUCUACGCCAGCCGAGUCGACACAGCGGCAUGAGGCCGCCGGUACUGCGAGUACUGGCAGCGCUGCGGGUGCUGGCGGUGGUGGCGACAAGAAAGAGGUGGUGCGCGGCCCAUGGAGGAUCUUGCGACUGCUACCCCGAGAAAGCAGAAACGUGAUAGAGGGCAUGUUAGCAAUCGACCCCAAGAAGCGAGCCAAGAUGAGCGAGAUCCUGGAGGAUCCAUGGGUGGCCAACACGGUGAUUUGCAGGCAGAUCGAAGCCGGUGUCGUGGUCAACUCAGAUGACCACACACAUGUUCUAGAGCCGCCUUCAAGUGCAGCCAGCGCCGGCAAAUAAUCAGCCAGAGGCUCUUGGCAUCGAGAUAUAGAUGUGGCUCACCCCGCGAUGCUAGUCGAAGGGCUGCAAGCGUAGUGGCUGGAGGCGGUUGGUGCUAUGAUUUGGAAACGGGAGGGCU